GAUCAGCCAGUUAACAUCUCUGAACAUUUGUCGGCACCAAAACCCCACUAGCAAGUGCUCAAAUGACACUCUAACACUACAUUUUAGUUUUCUCAAACCAAAAGGACCACUUGAUCUCUUUGAGUAGUGUAGUUGCCAUAGCGACUGGUCUUUAAAAUCUCAACCUUGAUGAAAUGCUUGGCUUGACUGCUCUUUUGGUUCUUCUGCAUUAUCAUCACAGGUUCAAUGUUUAGGUCUGCUGCUGGAGAAAGAAAAGGCUCUAAGAUAUGUCAAACUCAUCUUCUGCAGCCAUAGUUGGAGGUUCUGUUGGAGCACUUGCCUUGGUGGCAAUAGUCGUGGGAUUCGUGUGGUUCUGCAAGACACAAUGUGAUAAGCAUUUGUUCAACAAGAACUCGGAGACUGGUUCUUCAGAUCCAUCUGCAGGUAAGAAUUUAUUUGAGCUGAAUAGGGGUGGACCUAGUUCAGCAAGGCACUUCACAAUGGAGGAGUUGGAGCAAGCUACCAAGCAUUUUGAUGAAAGCAGUCUUCUGGGAUUUGGAAGUUUUGGCCUUGUUUAUAAAGGUUUGCUCCGUGAUGGAACGGUUGUGGCUAUCAAAAGGCGCCCCGGUGCUCCUAGACAGGAAUUUGUCUCAGAGGUAACAUACUUGUCGGAGAUUCACCAUCGAAACUUAGUUAAAAUACUGGGAUACUGCCAGGAAAGUGGAUUUCAAAUGUUGAUUUUCGAAUAUUUACCAAAUGGAAGCAUUUCCAAUCACCUAUAUGAUACUAAACAUGAUCCGUCAAUUAAGCUAGAGUUUAAGCAACGGCUAUCUGUAGCUUUAGGGGCUGCUAAAGGUUUAUGCCACUUGCAUGGCCUAAGACCUCCAAUCAUACACAAGAACUUUCAAACUUCCAAUGUCCUGGUUGAUGAGAACUUCAUUGCUAAAGUUUCAGAUGCAGGGAUUGCAAAACUACUCGAAAAGAUAGAAGAAGCAGGUCCUUCUCACACAUCCAGUGUCAAUUUUUUCCAAGAUCCAGAGGUUGGACCAUCUGAGAGUGCUUCCUCUGAAGUGAGUGAUGUUUACAGCUUUGGUGUUUUCCUUAUGGAGAUUAUAACUGUACAAGAGACUUUGGAUAUUGGCUCCUUAGGAUCUAAUGAAAGUUUAUUUCAAUGGGUACAAUCGCGGCUGAGUUCAAACAAUUUAGUGGACAGUCGGCUUGCUGGAAGCUUCACUAUAGAGGGAAUGAGGGACAUGAUCAGGCUGACACUACAAUGCAUGAGUUUUCCAGGAGAAAGACGACCCAAGAUGGAAAUGGUUGUGGUUGAACUUGAGAGAAUUCAAGAGAAAGAAAUGGCAAUGACAACAGUCAUGGGUGAGGGAACUGAUACAAUCACUCUUGGAAGUGCACUAUUUACUUGAAUAUGAAUAUUGUGAAGAGAAACUGCAUUGAUCUGUUGGUGUUCGUUGGCUUAGGCAAAG